AGGAAACUGAAGCAGGGGUGUACUUGGCUCUGAACCAGAGCACAGUUGGAGCUGAGCGGCCACCUGAAGACACCUUGAAAGGACUUUGUCCAGCGGAGGGAAGGGAACCAAAAGGGGUUCUCCCUCACCUUCCGGUUCGAGAUGAAGCAGGAAGUGUACUUUGAACGAAUGUAGCUGCCUGAUUUUCCCAGCUUCGCAGCUCAUUCAUUCCUGUUCCCAAGUAGUGGGCCAGCAAGAGAUGGUUUAUGUCUUCCUGCUGGUCAGCAAAUGACUUGUGCUGCUGGGAAUGGACCACAGAGGUUGGGCAUAGUUCUGGUGGACACAGAAGAGCCCUACCAGUGCUGGACAUGAGUUAACGAUAUGGAUGGGUUACCUCCAUUGACCCUCACGUGCUUCUGCCUGGCUGCGGAUCCAGAUUUCCUCAGACGUCCUUCCUCCAUCUGUGUCUAGUCCCAUGGAGAUGUCCACCUCCCAGAUCCUGCAGCGGGAGAGGCUGUUCCAGUCGGGAACACACACUUACAGGAUCCCCGCUCUGCUCUAUCUACGGGGCCAGAACACCCUGCUGGCCUUUGUGGAACAGCGGCAGAGCAAGAAGGACGAGCACUCGGAGCUGAUUGUCCUGCGCAGGGGCGUCUACAACGCAUCCAGCCACCAGGUCACGUGGCAAGCUCAGGAGGUGGUAGCCAGAGCCCAACUACAGGGCCACCGCUCCAUGAACCCGUGUCCCCUGUACGACGAGCAGACGGGGACCCUCUUCCUCUUCUUCAUCGCCGUCCUGGGGCAGGUCUCUGAGAACCACCAGCUCCAGACCGGGGUCAACGUGACACGGCUGUGCCAAGUCAUCAGCAUGGAUCACGGCAGGACCUGGAGCCCUGCCAGGGACAUCACAGAGGUGGCCGUCGGCCAGGCUCACAGGGAAUGGGCCACGUUCGCUGUGGGCCCGGGGCACUGUCUGCAGCUGCACAACAGGGCUGGGACCCUGGUGCUGCCAGCCUAUGCCUACCGCCUCCGGCCCAGGCCGCUGCCACCCUUGCCCUCUGCUUUCUGCUUCCUCAGCCACGACCAUGGGCGCACAUGGACACGGAGUGGCUUUGUGGGCCAGAAAACCCUGGAGUGCCAAGUGGCUGAGAUUGGCACCGAGGGGCACCGGGUGCUAUACCUCAAUGCCAGGAGCCCCCAGAAGGCCAGGGUCCAGGCCCAGAGCACCAACGAUGGGCUGGAUUUCUCAGUGAGCCCAUCAGUUAGGCAGCUGGUGGAGCCACCCUCCGGCUGCCAAGGCAGUGUAGUCAGUUUCCCGGGCUCCAGGCAGGGCCCAGGUGCCACGGGCCAGUGGCUGCUGUACUCUCACCCCACAGAUCCGGGGAAAAGGUCCAAUCUGGGCAUCUACCUCAACCAGCAGCCCCUGGAGCCUACAGCCUGGGCAGGGCCAGCCCUGCUGGCCUCGGGCAGCUGUGCCUACUCAGACCUGCAGAGCAUGGGCCCUGGCCCCGACGGCUCCCCCCAGUUUGGCUGUCUGUACGAGGCAAAAGACUACCAGGAGGUGGUCUUCCUCAUGUUCACCCUGAAGCAGGUGUUCCCUGCCUCUAGCUGGACCCCAUGAUGGCCCUGCACUAGCCACUGGCUUUCCCUUCUGUGCGCAUCAUGGUGCUGACAGAGGGGACACAUUCACCUAUUUUCCUGUCCCCGCCCUUUGGGAGCCUUCUCCCCAUGCCUCCUCAGGUGACCUCUUAGCUAUGUAUUGUUUCAGUCUUUCCAGAAGAUUCUAUUUACAACCCAGAUCAAAGGAGGCUGGCUUUCCAGAGCCCUUGACAGGGAGGGUGGGGACAGCCUGAGCGGUGGCUAUCACUGCCCAGUGGGUGUCAGGCUGUAGGGCUCGACCUGCCUGAUCCCUCAUCCCCAGCUUUUGUGCGGGUCCUAAUAAAGCUGUGUGUCCAGCCCGUU